AUUCUCAUGACAACUAUCUAACACCAAUAAUCAUACAAUUCCCCUGUUUCCUUUUUAACAAAAAUGGAAGUAUUUGGAUCAACAAGAAACAGAAAGCAAUUCUAUGUAAGAAUGAAACUUUUAAGAAACAAACAUGGAAAAACAGAACACCCCUGUUUUUUCAAAUACUUCAAAUGGCUUCUUUGGUUUUCCCUCUCCUUUUACUUCUUUGCUAAACACCGUCCAGAAUCGACGUCUUUUAGACCCAUAAUCUCUCAAAGGAAAUCAGUUCUUACACAACCGAAUUCCUUGAAAAACUUGAAAAUAUACAUAUACGAAUUACCAUCGAAAUACAACAAAGAUUGGCUGUCAAAUGAGCGUUGCAGCACCCAUUUAUUUGCAUCAGAAGUGGCAAUACACAAAGCUUUGAUGAAUAGCGAUGUACGGACGUUUGAUCCAUCGGUUGCUGAUUUGUUUUUCGUCCCGGUUUAUGUUUCUUGCAACUUCAGUACCGUUAAUGGGUUCCCGGCUAUUGGGCAUGCACGUGGGCUUUUAGCCUCUGCUGUUGGGCUCAUUUCAUCACAGCUUCCGUUCUGGAACCGGACCAAUGGUUCGGAUCAUGUUUUCGUAGCUUCUCAUGAUCACGGAGCUUGUUUCCACACCAUGGAAAAUACAGCUGUGGCUGAUGGUAUUCCGAAGUUUAUGAAAAAUUCUAUUGUGUUACAAACAUUUGGUGUCAAGUAUCAUCAUCCGUGUCAAGAUGUUAGGAAUAUCGUCAUCCCGCCAUACGUCUCGCCGGGAAAAUUUAAGUCGGUGGUGUCAAUGUUGCCAAUCACGCGAGACAUAUUUGUGUUUUUCCGAGGGAAGAUGGAAGUGCACCCGAAAAAUGUCAGCGGUCAAUAUUAUAGCAAGCGUGUGAGAACAGAUAUAUUGCGGAAAUAUGGGAACGAUAGGCGGUUUUAUUUAAAGAGGACCCGGUUUGAUGGAUAUUUGUCGGAAAUUGUACGAUCGGUGUUUUGCUUGUGCCCGCUUGGGUGGGCCCCGUGGAGUCCCCGGCUUGUAGAAUCUGUGGUAUUGGGUUGUGUCCCGGUGAUUAUUGCCGAUGGCAUAAGGUUGCCAUUUGAGUCCACGGUUCCAUGGUCAAACAUAUCCCUCACGGUGGCGGAGAGGGACAUUGGGAAGUUGGGUCGGAUACUUGAUUACGUGGCAGCCACGAAUUUGUCAUCCAUCCAGAAAAACUUAUGGGACCCGAAGGUGAAAAGGGCUUUAUCAUAUCACGAUAGCGUGAAAUAUGGUGAUGCCACGUGGCAGAUUCUGAAGGCUCUGUCAGCGACACUUGGAUUUACACGUGGGCAUAAUUUUGUAUAAAAGCCAUUACUUGGCUACUUGCUUUUCAUUCAUUGGUUGAGGCGUACAACAAAUGGGGCGUAUUUGGCGUUGGCGGGCCCUCACUUGACGCCAAGCUGGCAUUUACGUAACGUUGAGUGGCGAUCCACGAUUAAUGAAUUUCGUUCAUACCAAACGCAAAGAGGUGGGAUUAUAUUGUGUUUGGAGUAUAGACGUGAUGUGUCCAUGGAUACAAGUUUUGAUCCGAUACAACAAAUUGUGAAAGAAAGUGAUAUUUGUAACUAGUUCAAUUCAUUUUACUAUAGAUAUCAAACUUAUUUGUUUUGUAAUCAAUUUACUUAACAUGAGAAAUUUUUUUAAGAUCUUCUACAUA